CCAACUACCUCCCACCUCUCUCUGCCCAUCUUUGUCUCCCCCCCAUCUCUUUUCCAUCCCUUCUAUCAGCUCUUUUUGACUUCUACUACUGUCAACUGGAAGCUUUCUUCUCUUUUGAUUGUUUUUUUUUCCCUUUUCCACGUCGCUCGUGACUCGAGUUUGCUGUCCCUUGGUAGCUAGGUCUAGCAACGUCCUGGGUAUCCAUUUCAGUUUACGUGAAUCGAUUGCAUAUCUACAGCGUUUGCAAAAAUGAGUUCGGAACCAGAUUAUGUUCAUGAAAAGAAGAGGGUAACCCUUAAUGAUCCUUCAGGCGGCGAGAAGAAAGAGGAGCUUGACACCUCCACGGCUAUUCUGAAGAAGAAGAAGAAGCCCAACUCCUUGAUUGUCACCGAUGCAGUCAACGAUGACAACUCUAUUAUCGCUCUCUCCAACAAUACCAUGGAGACGCUGCAGCUCUUCCGUGGCGAUACGGUUCUGGUCAAGGGUAAAAUGCGCAAGGAUACCGUUCUGAUUGUUCUUGCGGAUGACGACCUUGAUGAUGGGAGUGCACGUAUCAACCGUGUCGUGAGGCACAACCUCCGUGUCAAGCACGGUGAUAUGAUCACGGUGCACCCGUGUCCCGACAUCAAAUAUGCCAAACGUAUCGCUGUCCUUCCUAUCGCAGACACCGUCGAGGGUCUUACUGGAUCUCUCUUCGAUGUUUUCCUCGCUCCAUACUUCCGUGAGGCAUACCGGCCAGUCAGACAGGGUGACCUGUUCACCGCAAGAGGUGGUAUGAGGCAGGUGGAGUUUAAGGUUGUCGAGGUUGACCCUCCCGAGUAUGGUAUCGUGGCGCAAGACACCAUCAUUCACUGCGAAGGCGAACCCAUCCAACGUGAGGACGAGGAGGGAAAUCUUAAUGAGGUCGGCUAUGAUGAUAUUGGUGGCUGCCGGAAGCAAAUGGCGCAGAUUCGUGAACUUGUGGAACUGCCUCUUCGCCAUCCCCAACUUUUCAAGUCUAUCGGUAUUAAGCCCCCCCGUGGUAUCUUGAUGUACGGUCCUCCUGGUACCGGUAAGACUUUGAUGGCCCGGGCUGUUGCCAACGAGACCGGCGCCUUCUUCUUCCUAAUCAACGGUCCGGAGAUCAUGUCUAAGAUGGCCGGUGAGUCCGAGUCCAACCUGCGCAAGGCCUUCGAAGAAGCGGAAAAGAACUCUCCAGCCAUCAUUUUCAUUGAUGAGAUCGAUUCCAUCGCCCCCAAGCGUGAGAAGACGAACGGUGAAGUCGAACGCCGUGUCGUCUCCCAACUCUUGACCCUUAUGGAUGGUAUGAAGGCACGUUCCAAUGUAGUAGUCAUGGCUGCUACCAACCGCCCCAAUUCGAUCGACCCUGCCCUCCGACGUUUUGGCCGCUUCGACCGUGAGGUCGACAUUGGUAUCCCGGAUCCAACUGGCCGUCUGGAGAUCUUGCAGAUUCACACGAAGAACAUGAAACUUGCCGAAGAUGUGGAUCUUGAGGCUAUCGCCUCGGAAACACAUGGCUACGUCGGCUCCGAUCUCGCCUCGCUUUGCUCUGAGGCUGCCAUGCAGCAGAUUCGUGAAAAGAUGGAUCUGAUCGAUCUUGAUGAGGAUACUAUUGAUGCCGAGGUGCUUGACUCUCUCGGCGUCACCAUGGAGAACUUCCGCUACGCUCUCGGCGUCUCUAACCCGUCCGCCCUCCGUGAGGUUGCCGUGGUUGAAGUUCCCAACGUUCGCUGGGAAGAUAUUGGUGGCCUGGAGGAGGUCAAGCGCGAGCUCAUCGAAAGUGUGCAGUACCCCGUGGACCAUCCAGAAAAGUUCCAGAAGUUCGGUCUUUCACCUUCUCGUGGUGUGCUGUUCUACGGACCUCCGGGUACUGGUAAGACCAUGCUUGCCAAGGCCGUCGCCAAUGAGUGUGCCGCCAAUUUCAUUUCCGUCAAGGGUCCUGAACUCCUCAGCAUGUGGUUUGGUGAGUCUGAGAGCAAUAUUCGGGAUAUCUUCGACAAGGCUCGUGCUGCCGCUCCUUGCGUUGUCUUCCUUGACGAAUUGGACUCGAUUGCCAAGUCUCGAGGUGGCGCUGUUGGCGAUGCCGGUGGUGCUUCCGACCGUGUUGUCAAUCAACUUCUGACAGAAAUGGAUGGCAUGACAUCGAAGAAGAAUGUCUUCGUUAUCGGUGCAACCAAUAGGCCCGAGCAACUCGAUGCUGCUCUUGUGCGACCUGGUCGUCUUGACACUUUGGUCUACGUGCCUUUGCCUGACCAGGCUUCUCGGGAGAGUAUCUUGAAGGCUCAGCUUCGCAAGACCCCCGUCGCCCCCGAUGUCGACCUGUCUUUCAUCGCCAGCAAGACCCAUGGAUUCUCCGGUGCCGAUCUCGGAUUCGUCACCCAGCGUGCCGUCAAACUUGCCAUCAAGCAGUCCAUCACCGCUGAUAUUGAGCGCCAGAAGGAACGCGAGGCUGCUGGAGAGGAUGUCAACAACAUGGAUAUUGAGGAAGAAGAGGAGGACCCCGUCCCGGAACUUACUCGUGCUCACUUUGAGGAGGCCAUGGCAUCUGCAAGACGGUCUGUCAGUGACGUGGAGAUCCGCCGCUAUGAGGCCUUUGCUCAGAGUCUCAAGAACUCUGGAGGGAGCAGCUUCUUCCGCUUUCCCACUGCUGGCGAAGUGACUUCGAACCAGGAUGCGUUUGGGGAAGCCGGUAAUGACGACAGCCUCUAUGAUUAAAAUGGGUUUUCUAUUUGGUUGGGCCUUUUCAAAGUUGCUAGGUAGACUGAUCGGAGACUGGGUUAUGGGUUUGACCGUUGGAAAAUCCCAUCGAGAUUCCUGCCUUGAGCAUGAGGUUACGUGAUUCUCUUUGUUUUCCCUUGUUCGUUCUAUGGGAUUUCUGUUAUUUCUUUUCUUUUCUCAUGCUAUGUGCUAUAAUAUCCAAUACACAGGUAGAGAAUUGUUUCU